UUCUUCUUUCUUUCGUGUGUGUCUUCUCAAGGAUGACUGCUAACACCCCCCGCCUUCUUCGGCAUCCCUUCCAUGAACAUGCCCUGAUCUUUCAAGAGCUGAGCGAAAGUUUCAGAUUCGAAUGCCAGAUCUGUGGUUUCUCCUCGAAAGGCGUUCCGGCCUACCAUUGCAUAGACUGCGAGUUCUUCCUCCACAAGUGGUGCGCCGAGUUACCUCCCGAGAUUCAGCAUCCCUCUCAUCCACAGCACCCGCUUGUCUUCUCCACAUCAAGCUGGAAUUUACGCUGUUAUGGGUGCCGUAAGGCGCUACGUGGUAAAUGGUAUCAAUGUUUUGACUGUCGGAUAGACUUACAUGUGGGAUGUGCAGCUGCAACUCUCCCUCCUCCUGAAGAAGAAGAGCAUAAGGACGAGCAAAAGCACGAGGAGGAGAUGAUUGAGCACUUUGCUCACGACCAUCCUCUUGCAUCAUUCCACGCGGAUGCGCCAAAUUAUAUCGAAUGCAAGGCAUGCGGAGAGGGUAUCUCCGGUCGUGUUUAUGGUUGCCGUGCAUGCAUAUUCGUGCUGCACGAAUCUUGCGCUCUGGCACCCCGAGAGAUAAUGAAUCAUCCUUUCCAUCCACAGCACCCGCUCACCUUGCUUGUCAAUUCCAAGCCUAGCUUUCGAUGCGAAAUCUGUGGGAGUCGCCGUCUCUUUGCAUACAACUGUAAUGAAUGUGGUUUCAUUCUCGGUGUGAAUUGUGCUGUUUCCAUUAUGCAUCCUCCUCCUCGAAAUGAUCAGAGUUGUAGCACCGACGAUAGGCGAGAUCAUAUCCAUCAUUUUUCCGACCACCACCAACUGACAUAUUUUCAUGCAAAACUGGAGUUUCCUGCCACCUGCAGAUUUUGCAGGGAAGGGAUAUCGGGUGAUUUUUACUGUUGCCCUGACUGCCUUUUCUUGCUCCACCCAUCGUGUUCCAAGUUGACACAAGAGAUUGUGCACCCUCUUCAUCCGGACCACCCUCUCAUUUUCCAAGAAGAUCGUCUUAAGUGCUCUCUCUGCUCUAGUUAUUUAUAUGACUUUGUAUUCAAGUGCGAAGAGUGUCCCUUUGGCCUUCAUGUGAGAUGUGCUCUCCAAUCUCUCUCUUCUAGGAAAGAGGAAUUAACUCUUGACAGUGAGUUUUUCCAUGAACACCCCAUGAGUCUUCGGUGUCUUAAGGGAUGUAAAUCAGUGUGUAUUGUCUGCGAGGGGCCUGUUAAAGGUCUAGGUUAUACCUGUGAAAUUUGUGACUGCGCGGUGAUCCAUAAAACAUGUGCUGAACUGCCACGUGAAUCAGAACGACAACCUAUUCACCCACAGCAUCUGCUUCUUCUUCUUUCUAAGCCACUCGAUAAAUCCAGUCCUUGCUUUGCAUGUCAGGAAAGCUCUGGGGGAUUCACCUUUUGCUGUGAUUAUUGUAAGAUCCAGUUCCAUGCACAUUGUGCUAUGAGGAGGCAGACUCUGAAACACCAGCGUCACGAGCACAGCCUAUCCUAUUUCGAUAAGAUAGGCUGCGAACUAUACAGUGCACAAUGCAAUGUGUGUUACGAUGAUUGCAGGAUCGACUUCUACCGCUGUGUUCCGUGCAACUAUAAUCUUCACUUCAGUUGCAUGUCUCUGCCCCCUUCUGUUAAACACGAAUUCCACUUCCAUCCACUGGUGCUCCGUGAUAGAGUUGUUGAUGAAUAUUAUGAUUAUAAGGAGCAAUAUUGCGACGUUUGUGAGACACUCAGGAACCCAGAACAUGGUGUAUAUUAUUGCGAGGAGUGUAAUUAUGAUGCUCAUAUCGACUGCGUCAUCCCCAAGGGAGAUCUUGAGAGAGGAAGACAAAUGAAAGACCUUAUGCUCAAGCUCAAGCUCAAGCAACUGGAUAAAGAUAUUUCAAUUGCAGAAGCAAAGAUGGAGGAACUGAAGAAAAAAUGGGAAAUGUCAAUGGAAGAGCUGGAGGAACUUAAGAAAAAGAAACGAGAGCUCUCAGGUGCGAUGGAAGCAGAGUUGGACAGGGCAUAAAUUGAAACAUGGAGUCUCAUAAUGCUUUCUCUUGGCGUAUCGUUCAUACUAACAGGGAUCUCAUGCAUCCAUUGGUCAAAACAGAUUUUCUUCACUAUGUGCGUCUGUUAGCAGUCGAUCUUAUUCUACACUAGUCAUUUUGAUUGUGGCCUGAAGUUGCUUCUAAGACCAGAUUACUGAAAAUAAGUGUUCAUGUACUUCUGAAAAGACAAUUGUGUGAUCUACACUCAUCAUGAGUUCCUAUAAACUUCCUUUACUUGUCCAUAUAUUCAUUAGGCAAUGCAGAUCGUCUCCCAUGAGCUCGGAUAGAUAAGGAAGGAGCCUAGGAUGGGGAAUGAAAUCGGAGUCCUGUAUCGCUCUUUCUUGGUAUUUGUCAUUAUUGAGAAGUAUAUUGUAUUUAUGUA